GUGUGUGUGUGUGUGUGUGUGUGUGUACGGCAGUGCUCCCGCCGCCCGCGUCCUCACCUCCUGCUCUCCGCCUCUGGGUGGAAAGUUUUGCCCUCUCUUCCCAGCCGAUUAGCUUCAGUGAUGAGCCGUGGGCGGCUGCAGAGAAGAAACAGAGGGAACACCAACCUGGAUACGGGAUGCGUUUGACUUAGAUCAGGCUAAUGACGCAACGGGUUUACUCAUCGCAGCCUAAAACGGUGAGGAACAGGACGCUACUUGCAGGGAUUCCCGGGUCUGCUGUGACCGAGAGCUGGCUGAAGCUGACAGAUAUAACGUGACAGCUUCACGGACUUCAGGAAAUUAGCCUCUCUAGAGCGCCAGAUGUGAACUUUCAGCAUGGGACACGUCAGGCUGGCUUUUCUCUUACUCGCUUUCACUGGAAGAGCGGUAAGUUUUCUCCUGGGUUUUGUUUUGUUGUUUGUUUGUUUUGUUUUUGCGUGCGGAUAUAACAAAAAAAAAAAAAAAAAAAAAAAAAAAAGAAAAAAAAAAUCAAAUAGCAAAAAAUUCAUUUUUCAUUCCACUGAUUUUCAGCGCAUGUUGGUGUUUGGAUCUGAAAUUGUUUUCCCCACUGCGCCGACCAAGAAAGUUCUUACCACAUCUGGCCAAGAAUGCAAGUUCCCUUUUCGUCAGGGCGGAUGGCUCCAUCACCGCUGCAUCACCAGCUCCAGCUCCAAACCAUGGUGCUCCCUCACACACAACUUUGACCGGGACAGACAGUGGGGCUUCUGUGCUCAGUCUGUUGGUGCGUCUCGCAGAGAAAUCGAUCCCUGCCGCUGGAGGAAUCCCUGUCAGAACAAAGGCGUCUGCACAGCGAUCCCACAAACGGGAUCUUUUCACUGCUCGUGUCCCGAGAACUUCACCGGGAGACACUGCGAGCAAAAGAAGUGCUAUGAAGCCUCACACCUGCGGCACUACAACAUCGGAGAGUCUUGGGGACGAAUUCACCUCCGUAACGUGGAACGGUGCACAUGUGAGGCGGGGGAAGUCAGCUGUCAAAGCGUCCACUACACAAAGUGUCGCAGAAACCCUUGUAAAAACCAGGGAAUAUGUCGGCUGAUCACGUCCACCGGAAAGGAAGUGUGUUACUGCAGAAAUGGUUACAGUGGACCCGACUGCAGCCUCGUGCCGGAGACGAAAUGCUACAAAAGCAGGGGCACGGGCUACAGAGGCAUUGUGGGCACCGCCGAGUCCGGCGCCCGGUGUCUGCCCUGGAACUCCGACCUGCUCUUCGACGAGCUCCACCUCGGCACGGUGAACGCGUCGGCCCUCAAAGGUCUCGGGGAGCACGCCUUCUGCAGAAACCCAGAUGGGGACGUGAAGCCGUGGUGCUACACAGUAACUGACAGCGCCAUCUCCUGGGAAUACUGCAGCGUCCCCUCCUGCGUGACGCCAGAUUGGCAACAGCUGACAGUUGCUUCUCGACGGAUUAUCCCAUUCAACGCCCUGCCUAACAUCAAAAAGCCCAACUCCUCCAAGCGAGUCGGAAAUCCUGUGUGCGGUGUAAAACACAAAAAGAGGUUAGCGGUUGCCAGGGGUCGGAUAUUCGGAGGAAACGCAGCCCUGCCGGGAACUCACCCGUGGAUGGCAGCCAUUUAUAUCGGCCAGUCUGAUUUCUGCGGCGGCAGUCUGAUCUCCUCCUGCUGGGUCCUCUCUGCUGCUCACUGCUUCUUCAGCAACCCUCUGAAGUCUCAGCUGCGCGUGGUUCUCGGUCAGCACCACUUCAACACCACCGGUCCCAACACUCGGACUUUUGAGGUGGAGGACUACGUCUUCCAUAAACGCUUCUCCAUUUUUAACCCGACGCUACACGACAUCGUUCUAAUCAAGCUGAAAAAGCAGGACGGGCGGUGUGUGAGGAGAACCCCGUUCAUCAGGCCCAUCUGCCUCCCAGAAAAGAGCAUGAAGUUUCCCGCGGGCUACUGCUGCGCGAUCAGCGGCUGGGGACGCAUGCGUGAAAAGGCAAAUGGUUACUCUACUCUGCAGGAGGCAGGAGUCAGGCUGGUUUCUCAUGACGUCUGCAAGCGGCCACAAGUGUACGGGAACCACGUCACCGACGACAUGAUCUGCGCGGGACUCAGUGGAUGCGUGGACGCGUGCCAGGGCGACUCUGGAGGCCCGCUGGCUUGUGCGAAGGGUGAUGUCAGUUUCCUGUACGGGAUCAUCAGCUGGGGCGAGGGCUGCGACCAGCCGGGAAAACCUGGAGUUUACACCAGAGUGGUCAAUUAUCUCGACUGGAUCCAUUCCGUGAUUAAACGGAAAAACGGGAAAACAUGACAGUGCAUCACCUGGACUAUCAGCUCAACAUCUUACUUGUAUGUUUCUAUGCUGUUUUUGGAAGAAAAUAGAAAAUAUAUAUAUAUUUUU